AUGGCGUCUGCAGAUAGUGACCGUGGCGAUAUCGACGAAUCUGGUUGGAAGCAGGAUGAUUUGGCUAGAGUUGCCAACAAGUGCUUUGCGGAGCACACGGACAGCGUUAAUUCCUGCUGUUUCUGCAUGGACGACUCACACAUCCUUAGUGCCUCCACUGACAGGACCGUGCGGUUGUUUAACAGUGCAUCAAUGAAGGCCGUCCAUACCUACACCGGCCAUACUGACAGCGUGUCAUCUUGCCACAUGUGCCCGGACAGUACAAAGUUCGCGUCGGCAUCCUACGAUAGGUCGGUGCGCGUCUGCGACACAGCGACGGGUCAGCUGCUAUGGAGCGGACGUCACUCCGGCUUCGUCACCUGCUGUCGCUUCUCGCAAGACGGUCGACUCGUCGCCUCCACCGGUGACCUCGAUCACACGCUCAAGAUCUGGGAUGCCGGCUCGGGCGCUCUCGUCGACAGCGUCGGUGACCUUCACACGGCCACCGUGACGGCGUGCUGCUUCGCCGCCGACUCCCGUCGCGUCGCCACCGCCUCCAUGGACAAGACAGUCGCCUUCUGGGAUCUGACGUCACGGAAGAAGACCGUGACGCUGAACGGUCACAAGAGCGUCGUGUCGGGCUGUGACGUCAGUCGUGAUGCGCGACUGCUCUGCAGCAGUUCGUGGGAUAAGACAGUGUUGAUCUGGGACAUAUCCAGUGGUACUUACAGGACGAAGGGUCCCGUCGUGUUGGACAAAUGCUACGAGGGAUGCGUCGGCUGCUGCGCGUUCAACGCCGACGCCGACUCGCUCAUUUCCGGUUCGCACGACCACAACCUCAUGCUGUGGGACGUGCGCACCGCGACCCGGAAGUUGUUGCUGAAAGGUCACGAGGGUCGCGUCAACGCGUGUUCGUUCAGCAGCGGCGGCGCUCUGGUCGUUUCGUGCGCAGCCGACAGCACCGUUAAGCUGUGGAACAUCGCCGGAUGCGGGACCAUCCUCGUUCGCACCAAGGACGGCUCACCGAUAGAGGGCGUGGCGCGCUGCGCGGCCUGCGAUCGGUCGUUCAGGACACGCUACGGCGUGACGAGCGAGGAGGCUACCCUGUGCGGCUUCUGUCGGCUAGAACUGACCGAUAUAAACUGA